AUCCAUCAUCUAUCAUGAUCUCUUGAAGCAGCUUCUACACUACCUAAUCCUACCUGUGGACAAAUGCACAGCUAAGACUUGACAGUCAAAGAAGUUUGCACUGAUGCACAUUCACAGAUAUCUUCACUGUUUAAGCGUGGAGAAUAGAAAGACAAAGGAAUAAAACACUCACCGGAUAUCUGGCAUGGUGCUAAAAAUCUGAGUAAAAAGAUUUUGGCUGCUGGACGUCAAAAGGAGUGCCAUUUGCUGCUCACCUGGAACAGGGAUAUAACGAACCACUUCUGGUACUGCUGUAAAACAGCUGAAACAUAUGAACACUUCAUGGACCUAUGGACUGGACUUUUACACCAUGUGACUGGUGUUCAUCAAUGGUACUUUGGCUCUUGCCAUUAUGACCCCUUGGAAAGCGAAAUGAACAAGCCACUGAUUCCAAAGGGCUCCGUGGCUCAUCAGCGGCUACGUGACUUAGUGCUGGAUUCACGAUGGCUGAAGACUGUCACAAAGUUCCUGUCUUUUAGGUCCACUGCAGAGCUGGAGUCAUUCCACAAUCAUAUCUUGAUGUAUGCUGGAAAACGCUUUGCAUUCUCCAAGAAGGUUUAUGAGGCACGAGUCUACUUGGCAUCUUUGGACUACAACAGUCACCUAAACAGAGGACCCAGGAGGAAAAAGGAUGGCUCCACACAAAAGGCAAAGCUUUACAGCAAGAGGACAAAGAUGUGGCGUCUGUACACAUACAAAGCCCCAAAAGAGUACAAGUACAUCCCUGAUCUGCAGGCACUCAUACUCCAAUCAAGGCUUUUGUCCCAGAGAGGAAUGGCAGAUAGUCACCCAUUAAGACCCGAGGAUCCACGAAGGCUUGGGCCCCUAGCAGGUGGCAUUGCCCCAACAAUACAAGAGCUGGAGCAGCAACAUGUCAGCAGAGGGCUAUGGCAAGCAUCUGAAUAAAACUCAAAACAUGUGACCGGC